CCCCUGCCUCUUCGAAGUCCGUGCCUUUGGAUAGAUCUUCAUCUCCCCGCCCCCAACUCACUCUUUCUCUGCACUCCUUCGUUCAUAGCAUUGCUGUGUUCCCUUUCCCCAAGAGCGGCCAUGGGGAGGCAUGCUGCUUUCUCACUCUUAUCUUCUCUUACCAUCCUCCUUUCUCUUUCUGCAUUUUGUUUCUCCAGAGAACUGAAGCACGGCCACGGCAAGACCGCCACCCUCGACGUCGCCGCCUCCCUCUCCGCCGCCCACCAGCUGCUCUCCCGCUCCCCUCUAGUGCUGGAGGACUCCCUCUCCUUGGCGACCACCACCUCCUCCGACGGCACCACCUCCUUCGAGCUCAGGGCCAGGGAAACCCUGAAGCCCUCCGGCCACAAGGACUACAAGAACCUAACCCUGGCCCGCCUCCGCCGAGACGCCGCCCGAGUGGAGGCCCUCAACUCGAGGUUGGCCCUCCGGCUCCAGGGCGUGAGCAAGGCGGACCUUAAGCCCCUGAUGGAGGAGGAGGAGGAGGAGGAGUUCGGUGCGCGACUCGACUCGGUCGACGACCUGGAAGGCCCGAUCGUCUCGGGCAUGACCCAAGGAAGCGGCGAGUACUUCUCCCGUAUCGGAAUCGGGCGCCCCGCCAAGGCUAUCUACGUGGUCCUCGACACGGGCAGCGACAUCACAUGGAUCCAGUGCCAGCCAUGCACCGAUUGCUACCAGCAGGCCGACCCCAUUUUCGACCCGGCCGCGUCCCAGAGCUACGCGCCUCUCUCGUGCGACUCGUCUCAGUGCAAGUCCCUUGACGUAUCGGCCUGCAGAAACGGUACGUGCGAGUACCAGGUCUCCUAUGGGGACGGAUCCUACACGGUGGGGGACUUCGCGACGGAGACGAUGACAUUCGGGCCCAGCGCGUCCGUCGACCGGAUCGCCAUGGGCUGUGGCCACGACAAUGAGGGUCUGUUUGUGGGUGCCGGCGGGCUGCUCGGUCUCGGCGGUGGUUCUCUCUCUUUCCCCAGCCAGCUCUCUACCUCGGCAUUCUCUUACUGCCUCGUCGACCGGGAUUCCAGCGCGGCCGGGACGCUUACUUUCGGCCCCGCUUCCGCCGAGGGCGCCGACCUGGUUCGGGCGCCAUUGCUCAGAAACAAGCGCAUGGACACUUUCUACUACGUGGGUCUGUCCGGCAUCUCCGUCGGUGGAUCCCCGCUCUCCAUCCCGCCCUCCGUCUUCCAGAUGGACGAGAGCGGCAACGGCGGCGUCAUCCUGGACUCCGGAACGGCCAUCACCCGGCUCCCUCCUUCCGCCUACGCCUCCCUCCGAGACGCCUUUUCCGCAGCUACCCCGAGCCUUCCCCGCGCGCCCUCCGUCUCGCUCUUCGACACCUGCUACGACCUGUCGUCUCGCACCAGCGUGGACGUCGCCACCAUCGCACUCCACUUCGGAUCGGGCGAGUCGCUGCAGCUGCCGGCCAAAAACUACCUCGUGCCGGUCGACUCGGCCGGCACGUUUUGCUUCGCCUUCGCGCCCACGACGUCGUCCGUCUCCAUCAUCGGCAACGUGCAGCAGCAGGGCAUCAAGGUGUCGUUCGACUCGGCCAAUUCCCAGGUCGGCUUCGCUCCCAACAAGUGCUAGAAGCCGGGGCAACCGAUGCCGGUGCGAACCGGCCGAUACUACCAAACCCACCUGAUGCAAAACCUUUGAUUUUCCGACUUAAGGAGAAAUCAGGCGAAGGUAACAAAGAAAAAAAAAGCAGAGAUUUUGGCUGGUGGGGUGAAGCAACGAAGUAGUUGGAUUUUGUGAUUAAAAAUCACAAAAUUUUUUAGUUUUUUGUUCUUGAGGUUGGUGGGUGUAAUUAUUUAAGAUUAUGUUAUAUUAAUUAUGGGUAGUUGAUCAUCA